ACGGGCAGAGAGAAAGAGAGUGAGAGAGAAUAAAAGGAUAUAGCACAAUGGAGGUAUGGAGAGGCUUGUUGGUGCUUUUGGGUUUGUAUUUGAUGAUGAUUGGUAUGCAGGGGAGGAGAUCGGAAGCACGUUUAGUAGAAAACUUCUAUCGCUCUAGUUGUCCAAAUGUUCAGGCCAUAGUGAAGCAGGCAGUCUCUACGAAACUCAGCCAAACCCCUAUAACGAUUCCGGGUACUCUGCGGCUGUUUUUCCAUGAUUGCUUUAUUGAGGGAUGCGACGCCUCGAUAAUGAUUCAUUCACCAAAUGGGGAUGCAGAGAAAGAUUACUCGGAUAAUCUUUCUUUGGCUGGAGAUGGUUUUGACACCGUAGUCAAGGCUAAGCAAGCAGUCGAAGCACAAUGCCCCGGUGUUGUCUCUUGUGCUGACAUCUUGGCACUUGCUGCCCGUGAUGUUGUAGUCCUAGCCGGAGGCCCUGCAUUUAACGUAGAAUUGGGGCGUCGAGAUGGACUGGUCUCGAAGGCCUCUCGGGUCCCUGGAAAUUUGCCUGAACCGUUUUUUAAUCUGAAGCAACUCAACACCAUGUUUGCCAAGCAUAACCUUUCCCAAACUGAUGUUAUUGCCCUGUCUGGAGCACAUACACUAGGCCUUUCGCACUGCAGCCGUUUUGCAAACCGUUUGUACUCGUUUUCAAAUGCCUCUGCCGUUGAUCCUUCAUUGGAUCCCGGCUACGCGAAGCAGCUGAUGUCAGGCUGCCCGCGAGAUGUUGACAACCUAGUCCACCUAGACCCUCAAACUCCAGACACAUUUGACAACGCAUAUUACCAGAACUUGCUUGCAGGGAAGGGUUUGUUGACUUCAGAUGAGGUUCUGUUCUCUGACUCUGCUUCUAAGCCUACUGUCAUUGAUUUUGCUAAGAACCCAGGUAACUUCAAUGGAGCCUUCAUCGCUGCAAUGAGGAAGCUUGGCAGGGUUGGUGUGAAGACCGGUAACCAAGGAGAGAUAAGGAAAGACUGCGCCGCCUUCAAUAAUGAUCACGGUGAUAGCUAGCUAAGAUCGAUCCAUCUGGGAAUAAUGUAAUUACUGGCAAAAAAGCACAUGGUUAAUACUGUGAUGGUGGAUCAUAUAAAUUCAUCUCCCACAAAAAUGUCUUGAUCAUAUUCACUAUCACGUUCUUCAUACAGAACAAAAAACUAAUAACUUCACC